GGCUGUUGAAUCAUGCCAGCGCCCAGGGGCCAGGACAGCUGAGUCCACACUGAGGAGAACAUCUGAGGGAAGACAGCCUUUUUCUACAUUUCAUUUACAGAGCUGAAUUACUUUAUGUGGACACAAAAACAGAGGAUAAAAAGCAAGAGAUGAGACCUGGGCGUUGCUGCUUGGUGAAGGCACACCACAGCACACACGUGAACCUAUAACAGCAAGACACACACUCCACCUGCAGCUAACAAAGGGAAAGCUAGUUGGUGGGCCUGCUGUAAGGUGUUCAUCCAUCCACAUAAAAUUCCAGCAGCAAUGCAGGGGCUGAUGUGGAGUCUCUUCACACUGAUCUGCCUCUCACUCUGGCAGGAAAGUUACUGCAAGAACUCCAGGGAAGCCCGAAGGACCAAAGAGCCGUUGCUCCACAGGACUAAAAGAGCUCCUAUGGAUCCCGAUGCAAAAAGGUGUUCAUACACCUUUCUUGUCCCAGAGGAAAGGAUCACAGGUCCCAUAUGUGCCAGCACCACAGGUCCAGAGCCCGACAAGGAUAGAGUGACCCGCAUGGACAUUUCAGAUGUGCGGGAUGUGCUCAACAAACAGAGACGAGAGAUUGAGACACUACAGCUGGUGGUGGAUGUUGAUGGUAACUUAGUCAAUGAGAUGAAGCUACUCAGGAAGGAGAGCAGGAACAUGAACUCGAGGGUGACCCAGCUCUAUAUGCAGCUGUUGCAUGAGAUCAUCAGGAAAAGAGACAACUCUCUGGAGCUUGCCCAGCUGGAAAAUCGGGUCCUCAAUGUGACAUCUGAGAUGAUGCGGCUGGCUUCAAGAUACAAGGAGCUGGAAACUCGAUUUGCAACAAUGGCUGGAGUCGUCAACAACCAGUCAGUCCUUAUCUCUGCACUUGAGGAACAGUGUCUAAGAACUCUAGGACGUGGUGAGCUGCCAGUCGGUCCUCCACUGGUGCAGGUAGUACCACAAAACAUUCCAGUAAACAACCGUUUCACCAAUGAGAUUCAGCGUGACAGUAAUAAGAGAGCCAUCUCCAGGGGAUCCCGCAUGAAUUCUCCCACAGCAAGCCCUUUUGGGAUUGACCCUCCACCCCCACAGGGAACUCUCACAUCAGACGGUCCUUUCAAAGAUUGUUAUGAGGUGCGACUAGCUGGUCACACAACCAGUGGAAUGUAUCUCCUGAAGACUGACAGUAGUGACAGACUGAUCCAGGCCUGGUGUGAACAUGGCCUUGACAACGGAGGAUGGACUGUGUUGCAAAGAAGAAAAGAUGGCUCAGUGAAUUUCUUUCGCAAUUGGGAAAACUAUAAAAAAGGUUUUGGAAACAUAGAUGGUGAACACUGGCUAGGCCUGGAGAACAUCUACAACCUAGGGAAACAGCGGGACUACAAGCUCAUGGUGGAAUUGGAGGAUUGGACUGGAAAGAAAGUGUAUGCCGAGUACAGCAGCUUUCGUCUGGAGGCGGAGAGUGAGGGUUAUCGACUGCGGCUGGGAACCUACCAAGGCAAUGCUGGAGAUUCCUUCAGUAGCCACAACGGCAAACAGUUCACAACCCUAGAUCGAGACAAGGAUGCUUUUUCAGGUAAUUGCGCCCACUUCCACAAGGGUGGAUGGUGGUACAACGCGUGUGGUCAGACCAACCUGAAUGGUGUGUGGUACAGUGGUGGUGUGUACCGCAGCAAAUUUCAAGACGGAAUCUUCUGGGCGGAAUAUGGUGGAGGCUUUUACUCACUCAAGUCAGUGCGUCUGAUGAUACGACCAAUUGACUAAACGUUUGUCAGUUGCCGGGAAAGAGCCAAAGACUCAUCACUUCACACCACUGAGCAUAGAGGCAAAUGAAGAAUGGAUAUAAAUCAUCUGUGCCUUUUUUAAGUUGGAUAAGGCAUGUUUUGAUUUGUUUGUUUUGCUGGCCAAAAAGCACCAAGGUCAUCUGGAAAGUUAUGUGUCCCAAAGAUUAAGCCGAGACAAACCAGUUCACAAACAUGAAAAAACACACAUUCAAAAUUGAAUCUGGACUGUGAUGGUUCUUCAACCUCUCGAACCAGUCUGUGUGCAAUAAAGUGUUACUCAAGGGUAAACAAAGGGAAAUUAACACUGAUGUAAAAUAUUGAAUGUUUUCAAGCAGCUAAAUACAUCUACAUGUCAUCAUGUCUUUAAAGAGAAGUGUUCAAAUUCAUAUCAAUAGAUAAUAUAAGAGUUGCUGACGUUUGUUUGUUUUCUUUGUAUGUGUCAGUUUUGAAAACUUCCAAUAGCAAAUGACAAUUGAUUAAAUCUGCAAUACAGAAUUGUGCCGUCAUGUAAAUAUAUUUUUGUAUAUAUUUUAUACAUAGAAUUUGUUUGCGGUGGAUAAUUUAAGUGGCAUAAAUCUACUCAGGCCAGGUGUUUUCAAUGUAUUCCACUCUGUCAUUGUUUGUUAUUUAUCAGUGUAUUUAUAGAUGGUUUUGUUAUUAGCGGUUUAUUAUUUAGCAUAGUAUUAAUAUGUUAGUCUUAUUCUACCUUAUAAAUUACAGGGGCAACAAAAAUACCCAAAAGGUUUCAUGAAUUGAGAAAUAUGUU